AUGGAGAGUCAGACUCUGUUUCAUGAACCCCCCGGUACCGUGACAAUCGAGGACUUGCAUCAUGGCGAGGAGGCAGUCGUUGUGCUCAAACCGACUCCAUCAGAGGACCCGAAUGAUCCUUUGAACUGGUCGAAACUGCGAAAGCUCGUCAACUUCGCUCUCGCAAGCUUUUACACUUUGGCAACCUUCGUGCUCCUCGACAUCGGUACCGUGAUCUGGGUUCAGCUAAACGCUGAACUGGACAUCAGCUGGUCGAACCUUAAUAACUCGUUCGCAUUGAACCUUGCAGGCCUCGCUAUUGGCUGCAUCCUAAUUGUCCCCUUCGCAAUCAAGUACGGCCGUCGGAGUAUCUAUAUACUCAGCUCGGUAGUCCAGCUUGCAACGGCGAUAUGGCAAGCGAAGAUGAAUACAACCGCUGAGCUGCUCGCCAUCAACGCUCUUAAUGGGCUUGCGGGAGCCGUCAGCGAGGCGAUAGUACAGAUGACGAUUGUUGAUAUCUUCUUUGUUCACCAGCGCGCGUCCGCCAAUGCGUUUUACAACUUUAUGGUCAAUACGGGAGCAUAUCUCGCCCCGGUGGCGGCGGGGUACUGUGCGACUGCCCAGGGGUGGCGGUGGAUCUGGUGGUGGACGUCUAUCAUGCUUGCUAUCAAUACGCUGCUCUUCCUUCUCGCGUUUGAGGAGACAAAGUACAUUCCCAUACUAUUCGGACAGGCCAGGGAACAUGUCCAUACCGACAGCAAAGCCCGAUACGAGCAGCCCGGCAUGAAAUCUAGUGGCAGCACUCAGGCCACUGGUGAGCUGGCCAUGGAGACUGAGGCGUACCGCCGAAAGCCGUACAGAGAGCGUUUGGCCCUCAUAACGAAAACAGAUAAUCCAAUCUGGGAGAAUGUCAAGCGGCCGCUGGUUGUUUUGGUGUCCUUUCCUGCUGUUACAUUCACAGCAUUCGUAUGGGGCUGCUUUCUCUCCUGGUUCUCAAUCAUUGCAACGACUCAGUCAUCUUAUCUUGCACUACCCCCGUACAACUACAACUCCUCGCAAAUUGGCUUAUUCAAUCUUCCUCCAUUUAUUGGAGGUGUCAUCGGCGGGGUCCUCAGCGGACCGGUCAACGACUGGUACGUCCUUUGGCGCGCGAAACGAAGCAACGGGGUGUUUGAGCCUGAAACCAGACUGCAUAUGAGCUUACCUGCUAUAAUCGCUACACCGAUUGGAUUGCUUGUCUUUGGUAUUGGCCUAGCAAGAGAAGUAUGCUCGUCUAGCCUUUUGCCUCUAUGUUCUGCAUAUCCUGACGAAGCCGUGUAUUGCGACGGCCAUGACGCUGACGAUUAUCCCAAUGAUCGUAUUUGGUAUUUUGGUGAGUGA